AUGAUUGCCGUACUGCAUUUGGUUCUUCAGCCCACAGAAGAAGAAGAACAGGGACAGAUGGAGGUGACUUUUGAGGACGUGGCCAUCUUCCUGACCCAGUGGGAAUGGGAGAGCCUGGCAGACGCUCAGAGGGAGCUCUAUAGGACCGUCAUGUUGGAGAACUACAGACAUCUACGUUCAGUGGGAGCCGGGCAGCCGAAGCCUCAGUGUAUCCGCCAACUGGAGAAGGGGGAAGACCCAUGGUUUCCCGAACCUCCAUCUCACCACAGAUGGAUUUUCUCCGAAGAGGCCUGGUCAGAAGAAAUCAGGAAAGAGCAAAUGCCCAAUACAGUGAUUGCAGAACCCCAUGGAAACGUUUCCCACCAUCCUCCAAGGGGAAGGUCCUUGGAGAAUCAGUGGGGAUCUAGGAGGAAACGAGACCGGCCGGUAGAGAGGAGGGAGCAGCAGAAGCCAAUGCCCAUGGAAGAGGAGCCCUUUGAGCAUCUUGAGUGUGGGAAUCGAGAAAAUUUUACCACGCGCAUGAGGUUGCGCACUGCAGAAGAGCCCUAUAAAUGCAGUGUGUGCGCCAGGGAAUUCAGACGGAAGAAACUCCUCACUGCCCACAUGAAGGUCCACAGUGAAGAAAAACCCUUCCAAUGCUCGGAGUGCCAUAAGAAGUUUAAGACCAAAGGAACUCUUCAAGUUCAUAUGCGGCUGCACAUGGGAGAGAAGCCCUUUGAAUGUCUUGAAUGCGGGAAGACCUUCAGCGAGAAGGGCACUCUGUUGAGGCUUGAGAGGAGUCACCAAGGCAUCAAACCCUAUGUGUGUCUCCACUGUGACAGAAGAAUCAGCGAUAAGGACAGUGUCAUUGCCCACAUGAGAAGCCACACUGGAGAAAGACCCUUUCAAUGCCCAGAGUGCCAGAAGACCUUUAAAAUCAAAAGAACUCUUCGAGAUCAUAUGUGGUUGCACACGGGAGUGAAGCCAUUUGAAUGCCUCACAUGCGGGAAGACCUUCUUCCAGAGGGGCACUCUUAGGAGGCAUGAGAGAUAUCACAAAAGCCUCAAACCCUACGUGUGUCUCCAGUGUGAGAGUCGCUUCAACGAGAAGCACUGUCUCGUUGCCCAUAUGAGAGUCCACACUGGAGAAAGACCCUUUCAAUGUCAGAAGUGCCCGAAGAACUUCAAGAGUAGUGGAAGUCUUCGUAAGCAUAUCCUGGUGCACACAGGAGAGAAGCCCUUUGAAUGUCUCCAGUGUGGGAAGGCCUUCCUACAUAAGAGCAGUAUGAUGGCGCACAUGAGGAGCCACACAGCCAUCAAACCCCAUGUGUGUCCCCAUUGUGAGGAAAGCUUCAAAUUCAAAUGCCAGUUGGCGGCCCACAAGACAGUUCACGCAGGGGAGAAGCCUUGUGAACGCCCUCAGUGAAAACUUUCAGCUGGACGGGGAGUCUACCUGCCCUCAAGAGUAUCCACAACAGAAAAAGAUGUAGGCCCCGGGAGCAGCCAGGAUACUCCAUCGCUGCUGCCAGGAUGGUGGUGCCUGACUUUGUGAACUGAUUCCCUCAUUCUCCAGCAUGUUCGCUGUACUGCAAGGAAAGUUGUCUGUAGC